UUCACUUUAAAGCGGAACUCAACCUCAUCGUUCUUUAAAUUGUUUAGUUUACGUUCCAGGGAUUAUAAAUAUAAUGUCUUCAAAAAAAAACGUAGAUUAUAAACUUCAAAGAAUUCUUGAUCAUAAUCAACGUCUUCGUGAACAGUUGGAUUUACCAAGAGUCAGAGUGUCCCAAGCAAGUUCAAUGCUCAUUAAAUACGUUCAAUCUACCAAAGAUUAUCUUGUUCCCUCAGUAUGGGGACCAGCUGGACCAGCUGAUCCUUUUGUAACUAAAGGUGGUAUUAGUUGCGGUGGUUGUCUUAUAUCAUAAAAAUUUUUUAUUAUUAUAUGUAGUAUAGGAUAAUUUUAAUAUAUCAUAUUAUUGUAUUAUUGUUUUAUUAUUUUAAUUUAUAUAAUUCUGAUUAUUUGAUUAAUUAAUCCAAUUGAUCAUAUUUUCACUUAAAAUAAAUUGUUUUUUACGAU